CGAAAAGAUUACUUCCGGUAUCUCGCUUCCGUUUGCAAGCUUGCGAAAGUUUUACGAGGUGAAGGUACUGACGAAUAAUAGUAAUGGCUGACUUUGGAUAUGCUCGAUAUGGGGAGGAUGACGAAGAUCAGGAAGAUGAUGACUUUGACCCACAGUUUCGGUUUGGAAGCCGAGAUGGUCUGAUCUUCUUGGUGGACUGCACGAAGGACAUGUUUGACUGUGAUGAUGACGAUGAGGAAUCUCACUUCCAAGUCUGUAUGAGGUGUGUACAGACUUGCAUGCAGAACAAGAUCAUAGGCAGUGACAAGGAUUUCAUGGGUGUUGUCUUCUUUGGAACAGACAAAAGUGAAAAUCCAACUGAUUUCAAACGUAUCUACAUCUACCAGACUCUGGACCAGCCGGGUGCUCCGCGUAUUCUAGAGCUUGAGGAGCUACAAGAGAAGGGUUUCAAGAAGUUUGGCACCAAGUAUGGUCACAGCGAUGCCUUCUCCCUCAGUGAGGCUCUGUGGACAUGUGCUAGCAUGUUCUCAAACUGCACCCAGAAGAUCAACUACAAGAGAGUGAUGCUGUUCACCAACAAUGAUGAUCCACAUGCAGGAAAUGCUCAAUAUCAGCGCCAGGCUAAGACAAAAGCAAGUGACCUUCAUGAGACUGGGAUUGACCUUGAACUGAUGCACAUGCAGAAGCCAGGGGAGAGGUUUGAUGUGUCCAAGUUCUACAAGGAUCUUCUGUACGCAGAUGAUGAUGAGCUCACAGAGUUACCUGACCCUGCUGAGAGGUUGGAAGAACUGCUCACCAGAGUACGAUCUAAGGACCACAAGAAGAGGGCGCUCCGUAGGAUUCCUUUCUCUCUUGGAGAUGGCCUGGACUUCUCUGUUGGAGUGUACAAUCUUGUUCGGAGUUGUCCUAAACCAUCAGCUGUGAAGCUGUCUCGGGACACAAACGAGGAACUAAAAAGUCACUCCAAGACAUACCUGGAGGAUACUGGAGAAGUUCUGAUGCCACAAGAUCUAAAGAAAGCUCAGACCUAUGGCAGUAGGAGAAUCUGUUUUGAAAAUGAUGAGGUGACUGAGAUUCGCAGGUUCGGCUCUUCAGGACUCACGCUGAUGGGGUUCAAACCUCGGAGCUCUAUAAAGAAGCACCACCAUGUUAAACCAGCCUCCUUCAUAUACCCGGAUGAGAGUACUUACGCUGGUAGCAUGACCGUGUUCACAGCUCUCUUGCGGAAAUGUCUGGACCGUGACGUUGCACCCAUCUGUAAAUACAUUCCUGGAAAAAACAAUCCGCCCAAGUUUGUUGCUUUGAUGCCUCAGGAGGAGGAAGUUGAUGAACACAAAGUACAGACCAUUCCACCAGGGUUCCACGUCAUCUUCCUGCCCUUCGCCGACGACUUCCGCAAAGUCCCUGCCGAGGACUGUCCAAGAGCAACUACAGAGCAGAUUGACAAGGCCAAGGAUGUGAUCAAAAAGCUGCAGUUUAAGUUCUCCAGUGAGUCCUUCGAGAACCCAGUCCUGCAGAACCAUUGGCGGAACAUAGAAGCUCUGGCACUGGACCGGGAUGUUCCAGAUGAAUUGGUCGACUAUACCAAGCCCAAUGAUGAAAAGAUGAAGAAGCGUGCUGGACACACUAUUGAUGAUUUCAAAGACCUUGUGUUCCCUGAAGACUAUGUCCCGGGGGCCAAGAGGAAGGCAGCCCCGAGUGAGUCAGCAGCUGCCAAGGCCGCCAAGCUCGCUACAGCGAUGGUGGACCUCGACAUCAAGAAGGAGGCCCAGGCUGGCCGGCUGGGUAAACUAACUGUGGCAGUGCUGAAGGAGUUUAUCAAGAAAGAGAAGAUCCCAUCAUCAGGAUCAAAGAAGGCCGACUUGAUUGAUGCCAUCAGUGCCCACUAUGGCGUGGAGUGACAGCGUUGUUGGCAACUCAAGUCCUCACAUGGAGACUCGGUUUGACUUGUCUUGAAAGUGUUGUCAUGUAGUCGGCAGGAAGAGGCUGUUUGCACAUUAUAUUCCCAUUUUAUCAUCACCAAGUUGUAGACUUUGUUAAAAAAUAGUGACAGUUGAACUACACACCAUAUAGCAAUGUUCCUACCUUUGGAUUCGUACAAGUUUAUUGCAUCAUGGACUGGUUCCACAACUGAUAUUAGCUCCACAACUGGCAUUAAUAGAAACUUGUCAAAACUGUUAGCUGAUAGCUCUGUUGAACAGAACUCAGCACUUAAAAGAAUGUAAGAAACAUAAUGUAAGCAUGAGGUUGUUUUAUUUAAUGAUUACGUUUCAAGGUAUGUGGUAUGAAAUAUCAAGGAUUUCAUCAUCAAAUUCGGUGUUCACCUGGUGGCGAUUUCUGUACAAAGGGACAUAACUCAGUACCCACUACACGUCUCCAGACAUUUGUUGGUUUCAUUGGGAACAUUUCCAUAUGGGUUUAGCAGUUUUUACUCAUUCUGUUGUUCUUUGUGGCAUUUCUAUGUUUAUAGAAAUAAACGUGUUUCCUAAA